UUAUUAAUUUUAAUGGAUUUUCGUUGAUAACACUUGUUAUUUGAUAUUUCUAACCGUCUGAUCCAAUAAUAAAAAAUAUGUCAUGUCUAUUUGAGAAUUCCUUACUUUGGUUGUUCCUUUGUACUCGAUGGUAAUUAUACUCUAUUGAGCUAAAAUUUACUAUUUAUUUUGAACCAACUGAUUUUGUUACCAUUAAAAUGAAAAAGUUCGGAGAUAUUUAUUCGCAAUCAUUAUUUUUUAAAUUUUAAUUCCUUUUUUGUUCAUUUCCAAUGUGACCUAUAUCAAUUCGCUUUACAUCUAUUUAAAGUUAAGGUGUUUCAUCUCUAUCAAGUUAAAAACUUUUCACUAUCUGGUAUUCUUACUAAUUUUAGGUUGCUAACAAGAUUGAAAGGGGUAUCAUUGUCUCAUAUACUAACUAAACUUAGGUUAAUUACAAAAACAUCAUGAUAUCCUCAGGAGAGUUCACUUACCAUGUUCAAACCAAAUUUUGGCCAACUAUUUUAGAUUAUCGUCAAAUCAACAGCCAAAAAGUUCAUUAUAUUUGUUCAAGAUGGCUCAAGACUUGUCAGAACGUUAUCGUCAUCAACAGUUCCAAUUUCCUUAACGAGGAAACAAAUGGUCGGAUAGACCAUAUAAUCAAUAUUCUAGGCUCUCCAGAGAUUUACCACGGUGAUUAUUUCGGACCUGCAAUGAAUCAAAUUGAAAGGUUUCGUCCACGUUACAGAGAGGUAAUUGAAGAUGAGGCAAGAGAUAUCCCAAUCACGUUAGAAAUUCACUUACGUGAUUUUGUACUCUUGUACACGAAGUUAAGUCUUGUACAAAGAUUAUCGGUGAAGCUAAGACUCAAGAUGUACUUAAUGUGUAAUAGGCGUUUUAGAUUACUGGAUAGAGAUGUUUACAAUGCUUUUGUUGACUAUGACCAAAGCGUCCUUCAAUUAAAUCCAAAAAACUAUUUAAUACGUAUUCAUAACUUGGUUUCUGCUAAUGGUGCUACAAUGUCAUCCUACAUCGGCUUGCUUAAAGCUAUUGAGAUUUUGACAUUAUAGUGAUUCCAGCAUCACUUCUGUUAAUUUUGUUUCUUCUGUUGCUUCUGUUGCUUCUGCUGUUUCUAUUAUUUUUUACAUUUUUAAUAUUUCGGCUAUAUUUUACAUAUUUCAUAUUUCUGUCCUUUCCUAACUUUAAUUAUUAA